AUUUUUCUUCUGAGUUAGGAAUGUUUGAUUUCUCCUGUUUAUUGCAGUUAUUGGAGGUUUUAGUUGACAAAAUUUUGUAAUUUCAACAACAAAGCUGGAAGAGUUGGUCUGUUCUGAUUGUCCUUCUCAAACACAUCAAUCAACAGCCCUGCGUCAGGAAGUGUCAAGACUCAUUAUGCUGGGUUCCAACAUCCUGUCUGAGUGAGGAGCUGAGAUGCUGCACAGAUUCAGACUGAGGAUCCUGCUGCAGAGCCUGACUCUGUUCCUGUUAGGUCCACCCUGUGAAGGCUCCUCUCUGGGGCUGACAGUCCACGUUGUGCCCCUGGAAAGCGAUGGAGGGAAAACGGUGCGGGCUCAUUUCAGUGCCAUCGCUCCCAGUCCCUGUCCAGCUUUGACUGGACUGUGUGCUGUAGGGGAGGACUGUCUAGUCCACCCUACCUCCUUACCUUUCAAUGGCACCAAACCCACUCCUGGUUGGUGUGUCCGCCAAUGGCAGAAAACUGUCCCCAGUAAUUACAAGGCCUCCAUCAGUUUAGGGUCCAACAGAGAAAUUUAUGUAUCAAUGAAAGCAGGACCAACGGUUCGGGCAAACAGUGGGAGACUCAAUCAGCCUGCUUAUGUUGCUCUCCCUCCACCACUAAGGGCUCGUGUGAACUGCCCCCACCACUUCUAUCUGUCUGUGAAAGACCUGGAUGGGGACAGGGUGCGAUGUCGCUUUGCCCAGCCUGAUCAGGGAGAGUGUGUCAGCUGCACUCAGCACUCCUUUAUAGAACUGGAUGAGGAGAAAUGUAUGUUGACGUUCACUGGAAAUGCACCAGCAGGACAGUAUUUCAUCUACCUGAUGGCAGAGGACCUGAUUCCUGAGCCCAAAACAAGCCAAGCCACAGACAACACACCCCUCAGCUCUGUCCCUGUGCACCUCUCUCUCACUGUGGAGGAGUCAACUUCCAGCUGCAUUGCUGAACCUGUGGCAACAGGUGAGACUCCCAUCAAGGACUCCACGCUGUUUGUUCUGCCGUACCAAGAGACCAAAUUCAGCAUCAGCUUCAUGUCACAGCUCGAGAGUGUUUCAGAAGUAGUGGUGGUUGGUCCCCCUGAACUCUACAGGACUGACUUCAAAUCAGUCGGCCCCCUGUCAACAAUGACCAUGGCCUGGGUCCGCUCUGAAAACAAACUGGCCCGCCUUUUGCCCAUCUGCUUUGCUGCAAAUACCAUGAGUUUGCAGUCAGAGGCCAGAUGCGUGUGGCUGUACCAAAGGGAAAUGGGAGCACUGCCUGCUGGAACAGAGCUGAAGUGUGAGAAGACAGAGAUGACUCUGGUGCUCCCUGUCGCCUCCCUGACUAACAUCAACGUGAGCGAAUUGCAGCUCAACAGCCCCACCUGUCCCGUCGCCUACAACAGCACACACCUGACUGCACACAUUUUCUUGAAUGGCUGUGGCACCAAGACUGUGCAUUCUGGUUCAGAACUCGUUUACACCAACACCUUGCGAAGUGUGCGUCCCUUCACUAUGGUCAGCCGCCAGCCCACCCUCAUCCUCCCUCUGGCCUGCCGGUUCCCUGAAACCCAGGUCAAGGGACCACAGUACAAGAUCGGCAUGCCCACAGAGAAGGAGACCUUUGGUAAGUUUAGGUUUUGGAUAGAAUUUCACUUCCCAGGAGAGGGGCCCCUGGGAAAAUUCACACGCAUUCCCAAGUUCCGCUCCCUGCACAUCUUGCCAGAAAGAGUGCGUCGAGAGGUGGAAUCACCAUCAGGGAUCAUCAUCACCUCCAAAAGCACCUCCAACAUCUCUACUAACAGCACCUCGUCUAGUGGGGCCAUCGGGUCCAAGAUUGAGCAGCUGGACCUCCAUGUGAUGUCCAACUGCAGCAUAAAUCGAGCCGAGCUCUUAGUGAGCAAUUGUAUUGAGUCUGAGACGGAGGACUUUGCAGAGACCAACCCCAUUCUGGAGCAAGGGUGUGCAACUUCCAACAGCACAUUAGAGAUUGUUACAACACUGAGCAACUCCAAAGUUUACCGCCUUGAUUUGAGCAACCUGGAGGCCAAAGGAUCAAUGAUGUACAUCCAGUGCACCGUCAAUCUGUGCAUCACCACCAUGCCCUCUGAGACAUGCCCCGAUCUGUGUACCCGCUCCAUCAGUCACAGAGCACUAAUUAACAGUGUGUUCACCAAAACCUACACCAUCCGCUCAGGACCCGUUAGCCUUGUGGUCACCACUCCUGCACCAUCCACAACUACACCUGUCAACACUGCUACAACCACUACUAAAUCAGUUGCAACUACUGCUUCUUCUUCUAUUACAAGUGUCACAGUUGCCCAGAACAGCACCACCUCACAUGCUCCAGAACAGACCUCAUCCAUGGCAGCAGGAGUGAUUUUAACAACAAUCAGCAUCUUUCUUCAAAACAUCUUUCUUUACUGAACAUGCUGCUGAUUGAUGAGCUAUCAUAACAUGGAGCACUACAUUUUCCUGUUUGGAACAUUUGAAGAUUUAAUCCCACGCAUGAAUUCCCACAAUUCCACUGUGUAUUCUAAGUUUUAUCAGAGAAUCAAAUUAAAGCCAGAGCACACUAUAUUACCGUAAAAAAAAAAGGAUUUAUUGCACUGCUCUAGAGCGCUAGUAAUGGCAGGAUGCAAUAAAAUAUUGUUCCUAAAAUGAGGCUUUAUUUAUUUAUUUGAUUUGCUCAUUUGAGGAGACACCAACAUUGACCACGGUCCAUGGGGACUUUGUUGCAUGUCACUCUGCCUCUCUUUCCCCUCAUGUCCUGACAGCAUGUCUUAAAAAAAUACUUCUAAUGCAAAGUAAGAAUAAUUUACUCAUACGAAAAAAUGAUGAUAAGUUCAUGAACGUUGUGGGGGAAAAUAAUUGCUGUAUUUGAAAAUUCAAAAUUAUUUAAGAUGAUAUAAGUGUUUAAUCAAGCAGACACUCUGACCCACUAAGCCUAGGAUCCAAUCUGAGCACUUGUCUAAGACCAAAACAACCUGUUUGAGACAGAAAAAUUGAGUUGAGUGAUGUGCACCUAUUGUACUUAAAUUUUAGGGUAACAAAGAAAAAUAUUUUUUUUCUGUAGCAUAUCAAAUCAAAUCAGGCUUUAUUAUCACUUUAGUCACUUUGCUGUACAUACAACAUAUUGGUAUAAUAUGAAUUGAUUAUUAAACAGAUUAUUACACUUGAAA